AGAUUUAUUCAAGUUUUCAGUGUGAAACGGUUUGGUAUCAAAAUAUAAUAUACAAUUUGUGUAAAAAUGGAAUUCCAAAUUAAGUUGUUCGUAGUGCAUUUAUUAUUUUUGACCAUAAAUUCAGUUGAUUUGAUUAAUGGUCAGCGACGAAGUUUUUGUUGUCAAGAAUAUUGCUAUGAUUCGGACAAAGAAAAAACACAAAUUAAUUAUUUUUCAUCGAAGACAUCGUAUUUCAUAGAAAAGCGAAAACAACCAGGCAAAGAAUUUUUUGUACCAAAUUGUACGCCGGAAAAAAUUUGGUUUUAUGUCAGACAUGGUGCGCGGUUACCAAAAAACAAAGAAAUUAAACGUUUGCGAAAAUUGGAAAAAGUGAGAGAUAAGAUUAUUAAAAACUAUGAGAAGCACAAUACACUACCAAAAUACGGUGAAAUGUGUGAUAGCGACUUGAAUCUAUUGAAAAAAUGGAAAUGGGAUAGCAAUAUUACCAAAGAAUAUGAUGAGCAUCUCACAGUACAAGGAUGGAAUGAAGUAAAGAAGAUUGCGCUGCGAUUUAAAGGACUGUUUCCAGAUAUAUUUAAAACUCCUUAUGACAAAGAGAAGUACUUAUUCCGUUACACAGAUGCCGAUCGUUCCGAAAGUACUUUUCAAGCAUAUGUUGAUGGUCUCUUUGGCUCCGACUUUGAUCCUAAAUCAAUUGAAGUUCCACCAGGAGAGGAAAAUAACAAUUUGAUCAUGCCAUAUUUCUUAUGUCCCACUGAUAAAGAAGAAACGCGUGGAAAUCGAUCCGAAUACAGAAAAUACUUGGAAUCAAAAAUAAUGUAUCGUUUGGUGAGUGAUGUGUCUGAACGACUUGGAUUCAAAACUCCGUUGGAACCAGAGGUUGUGUUUGAUAUGUACGACAUGUGUAUAUAUGAUCAAGCAUGGAAUCCUGAGAAAACGAGUGCAUGGUGUUCAGCAUUCACACCGUCACAAAUUUAUCAUUUAGAGUAUCCAGAAGAUUUACGUAAAUAUUACGAAAGUGGCCACGGUCGAGUUGGGAACAGUCGUUUAUUGUGCUCUCUAAUGAAUGAUAUGUUAACGCAUCUUGAAAGUAAAACCGAACCCAAAGCCAUUGUCUAUCUAACGCAUUCAUCGAGUUUUCUCUUGCUAUUGAGCACGCUCGGUGCGUACAAGGACGCAGCUCCACUGAAAGCCGACAAUUAUUACAGCAUGUCAAAUAGAAAGUGGCGUUUAAGCAAUAUUGCUCCACUUGCAUCCAAUUUAGCCACAGUUAAAUAUAAUUGCCCCAAUGAAAUAGAACAAGAGAAAGUUAUGUUUUUCCUAAACGAAGAGCCGAUUGAGUUUGACUGGUGCAAUAUGGGCCUAUGCGAUUGGAAAGAUGUAAAAGAAAACUACAAAAUUUAUACGCAAGUCAACUGUGAUGAAUAUUAUUGUUAUUCGGGCGCAUCAGCUACUGCUAUUAUCACAAAAGUACUUAUCGCUGGGGUGUCCAUGAGUUUUAUCAUUAAAUAUGCAUUCUUCCAUUCAUAAAUCACAAUGAAUUUAAGCUUCAAAACGCUUCUAUUUAUGUAAUUUUUUCUGUUUGUAACGAUUUUUUUCCGCAAGUUAAGAUAAAAGACUUAAAAUUUGUAUGUACUUAAAGUUUUGCCAUUUUAAAUAAACAUUUUAAAGUUAGUGUUAAA